CAGUGUUUUGGGCUGCAAACAUGGCUCUGUCCCAGAUACAGUGCCUUGACGAUAACCAUGUGAAUCCGAGAACUCACGAGUCCAAACCGGAGUUUCUCUACUGCGAAGACCAGCGGCUCGCACUGGAGGCUCUCCUCCAGGACGGUCGCGAGGCGUUCCUCAAGUGCCUGCAUGACCGCGGCCUACGGGGUUUCCUCUCAGACCCGGAGCUGGACACUCUUGCCAAGGCGUUGGAACCUUAUGACCCGGGUUCGGAGCUCUUCCCUGGGAAUGCAGAGGAUGACGAGCCCCCGCUGUCACUGCAUUACUGGCCCGAACUGUCGGACACAUCUAUACCCCAGAUGGACCUGGGCUGGCCGGACUGCGAUGCUUACCGGGGGGUGACGCGCACUACCGUUUACACUCAGCCACCGCUGGAUGGUCAAGCACACAUCAAAGAGAUUGUUAGAAAAAUGAUUGCGCAGGCGCAGAAGGUGAUAGCAGUGGUGAUGGAUGUCUUCACUGAUGUUGACAUCUUCAGAGAUUUGCUAGAUGCGGGUUUCAAGAGGAGGGUUUCUGUCUACAUCCUGUUGGAACGCACAACACUACCUCAUUUCCUGUCCAUGUGUCAGAGGGCCAACAUGCACCCCGGACACCUUAAGCACCUUCGUGUCCGCUGCACAGACGGAGCAGAGUUCGUCACUCGGUCAUGCACCAAGGUCAAAGGGAAACUGGGGCACAGAUUUAUGUUCAUUGAUGGAGACAAAACUGUGUCUGGUUCAUACAGUUUCACCUGGAUGUCCUCAAGGCUGGACAGAAACCUCAUCACCGUGGUUACAGGCCAGGCAGUGGAUGCUUUCGAUCGACUGUUUCGCUUGCUUUUCGCAACAUCGAGCUCUGUUGACCUCCGGCAGGUCGCCACAGAGCCUGAACCUGAGCCGGAGCCCCUCCCACAGCCAGCCGCUGUCGCCCCUCCUUCUGCUGCUAUUGCUAGAAAACUAUACAACCCCAAAUAUGCCCUGGUUGCUGCAGGCAACCCCAGCCCGAUUACUUCUGCUGGCAACAACAGCUCCAAAGAGCCCCAAAAUUCAGUCAACUCCAAGAGCCCAGAGGUCCCAGAAACCAAGAAGACAAGGCGGAGGAAGGUUAGUAAAGACAGUAUACAGGAGGCUCCUCCCCUCCAUCCUGGACUUACCAAUUUAGAGAAGGCAUGCUUGAUCCCGUACCUGCCCACCUGGCCAGAGCCUGACCCCCCAAGUGACGUAAUCGGGUUUAUUAACAUUCGGGAUGCCAACAGACCAACGCAGGUCCAUUUGCAGCGAUCUGAGAUGUUUGAAACAAGCCAAGCGAUCAGGUUUAGCAGUCCAUUCAGCAGGCCUAAGGAAACCCUGCCAGAGGUCGCCAAGCCCAGACAGCUUGCGGCUAAACAUGAGGAGAUGAAUAAACUCCAGCCAACACAAGAUAAAACAAAGGCUGAAGAAUCUGUGGUAGACAGCGUUCAGCCAACACAACUCAGCGCAAAGCCCGGUGACAUCAAAACUAAAGGAGAGGCACCUGAACUGAAAUUAUCGGCGUCUGGGCAAAAAUCUGAACCUGAGAAAGACACACCCAUCGACCAAGAUGCAGGUCACAACACUACACCUCACCUCAGCGCACACACGCCCUCUCAAUCCAAAAGCAAGACUUCCACUCCCAACACUGGGAGGCCUUCACACCCCCACAAACUGUCACCACAAACAGUCCAGAGUCCCACCUCCACUGCCUCUGCCAUGGACCCUCAGUCUGUCAGCUCCACCUCCCUUUCUGAAAAAAACCACAUCCCUUUUCCCACAGUGAACUCGAGGACAGCUAACAUUUCCACUUCUGUGCCUCCGUCCUGCACAUCCUCUUCUUUGACUUCAACUCCUCCCAUCCCUAAACCUCGUACUGUCAAGCUGGUUAUCAAAGAUGACGGCACCAGCAAUGGCCAGAAGCUGCCAGAGAUCAGUGUUGUCAGGAGACCUGAGAGCCUGGCCAGCUCGGGGCCACUAGUGGUCCACAGUAAGGCUGAUUUAGCGAAUGCGGCGCAGACACCACCAGUAAAAGACCCAGAGACUGUCCCACAACGGCAGAACAACAGUGGAAGCAAAAGAGGAGCUCAAAAAGACAGCGAGAACACAGAAAAUCCCGAAGAAGCUCCGCAGCAAAAGCAGAAUAGUCUCCAGUUCUUCUUCUAUACUUGA